AUGGUGAACGACACCCACGACAAAGCUUUUGAUUCAAAUUUGGACUUGCACCUUGGCCCCGAACCCUCUUAUCUCAACCAAUGGUCGUCAAAUCCCUAUUACUUCUCCCGGGGUGGCCAAGAUGCCUGGAACCCGCUGCUGGUCACUGGCGUUCCAACCUCGUCGAUCUCACACAUGAAUGUUUCUGUACCUGACGAAUAUUGUUACUCUCAACAUCACUAUAGCGAACCAUCGGAGAGUGGUAGUCAGUAUCUGGAUAGCUACCCUUCCGCUGAUUCCGGGUACGGUGGAACCAGCUGCGCGACACAGUCCGUUAUUGCCUCCAACUAUGCAGAUUCAAGUCCGGCCAAGGAUUUGGCCGAGGGCGCUUGCGAUUCCCAGUUCACGUCUCGGUCAUCUUUCUCAUCCGAAUUUGUCGGGUCGCCGUCGAUGCUGGAGGGAUCUGUUCGAUGUGAUCAUCGUUCUUGCCUUUGGGUUGGGAAAUGCCCUUCAGAUAAGAGAAAACACGAGGCUCGUCAUCGGAAGCUCUUCAAAUGCGACGAACCGAAUUGCCCCCGAAAAGAAGGGUUUGGGACUAUCAAUGACCUUGCCCGUCACAAAAAAUGUGUGCACAACAAAGAACCCGAGCGUGGACCUAAGAUGAUGUACAUGUGUUUCGGAAUGAACUGCCCUCGCCCAACAAAGAGGUGGCCUCGGUUGGAUAACUUCAAGCAACACUUGCAUCGAAUGCAUCACGACGAAGAUGGGGAGGUUCUGCUGAAAAAAUCGAUGGAAUGGUACGAAAAGGUCAUCUGUCGGCCCGGAAAGAGCGUCGACGCCACCAGCUCUCACUGUGAAUCUGUAUCCGAGGGACAGGAGGAAGUGGUUACUGCCAACUCAAUGGAGCUUGCGCCUGAGGGCAACUCGAUGCCUCAAAAGUCCGAUAUUUUCACAUUCGGUACCACACCCGAACCGCUACAAACAUCGACGGGCACCAGUGCCUCUCAAUUCCCUGCCUUUGGUUCCUUGGGGCUGACGGGCCAAGAAUCCCCGGUCGAUCGGACUACCAAGCCAGAAUCGUCCAUCGCAGACGCAGCAGAUAAUUUGAUCAAUGCCAUGACGAAAAUGAUGAACAAUCGCGGACGGAGAUCAAGUCAAAACUUCGAUGAGGGCAUCGACCUGGAUCCAGAUAAUACUCAGCUCUCCCAAGCCCAGCGUCAAAUGCUCCAGAAGGUCCUCUCAGUCGCUCUCGAGCGCCUAUCAGAUAACGAAACCGUCCAAUACAGCGAGAAGCAGGACUGGUUUCAGUGCGACGCAUGUCCAAAGAAGACCCGACUCCGUUGUGAAAUGAAAAAACACCAAAAACGUCAUGAAAGACCGUAUGGCUGCACUUUCCCCCACUGUGCAAAGUCCUUCGGCAGCAAAGCCGACUGGAAACGUCACGAAAUUUCCCAGCACCUCAGCGUCCCGAGCUGGCUCUGCACUGCUCCAGACCCGUCUAAGGGAUCAUGCGAACGCCUAUUCUACCGUCCAGAUAUAUACGCGCAGCACCUGCGCCAACACGGGAUGCAGGAGCACCAAAUCUCCAUGGAGACAAAUAACCGUCUUGAUUUGACUGGCCAGUCAGAUUUCUGGUGUGGGUUUUGCAAUCGGAGAGUCCUGCUGAAGAGCCACGGCGCUGCGGCUCUGGAUGAACGGUUCAAUCACAUCGAUAUUCAACACUUCAAGAAGGGGGAAAGAGGUCAAGAUUGGGCCUCGCCUUCGUGUGAGAUUGUCGAUGCGAAACUUGAUAAGGGACGCAAGCGCAAAUUUGCGGCUGAAUGA